UUAAGUGUGGGUCUAGAGGUCAGAGUGGAAGCAGUUAGAGGGAUUCAACGUGUGACACGAAUGGAACAUCAGGGAGCUUCCCUCUGCUGGCUUUGGAGAUGGUGGAGGCCAGUUCCAGGGUUUUGUUCCAUUCGCUAUUGCCUGGCUGUCCUUCUGCAUGCCUGCAACUUUGUAAUAAUGGCCCAGCGCAUAUGUCUGAGCCUUACAAUGGUGGCUAUGGUGAACAUGACAGAUCCUCAGGAUUUGACGAACACAUCUACAAAAACAGAGCUGGAUUAUGUAAAGAAUCCUGUAUAUAACUGGAGCCCUGAUAUCCAGGGCAUCAUCUUCAGUUCCAUCUUCUAUGGAGCAGUUGCAGUCCAACUUCCUGUUGGGUACUUAUCUGGAAUAUACUCUAUAAAGAAAAUGGUUGGCUCUGCAUUGUUCUUCAGCUCUGUGCUCUCCCUGUUCACUCCACCAGCAGCUCAAGUUGGCAAGACUUUGAUUAUUGUGUGUCGAGUAGCCCAGGGGAUGGCUCAGGGGACAGUAACAGCAGCACAGCAUGAAAUGUGGAUUAAGUGGGCUCCUCCCCUAGAACGAGGCCGACUUACCUCUAUUUGUUUAUCAGGGUUCCUGUUGGCACCAUUCAUUGUCAUGCUUGUGUCUGGAUUCAUCUGUGAUCUUCUGGGCUGGCCCAUGGUCUUCUAUAUUUUUGGUGCUUGUGGCUGUGUUCUAUGUCUUAUCUGGUUCGUUCUGGUUUAUGAUGACCCCAAGGAUCACCCAUGUAUAAGCAUCAGUGAAAAAGAAUACAUCAUAUCUUCUCUCGCCCAGCAGGCCAGCUCAAGUAGGCAAUCUCUACCAAUCAAGGCUAUGCUUAAGUCUCUUCCACUCUGGGCCAUAUUCUUGAGUGGUUCAGCUUUUAUAUGGACAAAUACCCUCUUGGUUACAUAUACGCCAACAUUUAUCAGCACCAAGCUUCAUGUUGAUAUAAAAAAGAAUGGGCUGCUGUCUGGCCUCCCUUAUUUGUUUGCCUGCAUCUGUGGUCUCCUAGCAGGUCAUAUGUCAGACUACUUCCUAUCCAGGAAUAUUUUCAACUUGCUUACCAUCCGGAAACUCUUCACCAUACUAGGAAUUCUUUCUCCUGUGAUCUUCAGUAUGUGCCUGCUUUACCUGAGUUUCAACUUUUAUAGCACUAUCAUUUUCCUGACACUGGCUAAUGCCACAACCAGCUUUUGCUUAGCUGGACCACUUAUAAAUGCUUUGGAUAUUGCUCCAAGAUAUUAUGGAUUUCUUAAAGCAGUUACAGCUGUAAUUGGAAUGAUAGGUGCCCUCAUUUCUUCUACUGUGACUGGAUUGAUCCUUAACCAGGAUCCAGAAUUUUCUUGGCAUAAAAUCUUCUUCCUGAUGGCAGGCAUUAAUAUGACAAGCAUAAUUUUCUACCUUAUAUUUGCUAAAGCAGAAAUUCAAGAGUGGGCUACAGAAAAGCAAAAUACUAGACUCUAAGGGUAAAGCUAAGCACAUGAUGAGCCUGAGACCAGCCUUCUUAGAGAUUGAAAGAGUGAGUCCCAUAUGAGAAUGAAGCUCCAGGAAUGUCACCAGGUCUAGGAAGAAGCCUCCAGCCCACCCCUCUUCCCGCCAGGAGCCCAAAGGAUCCAAUCUCUUCUUCAUACCCUAUGUACUUUCCUUUGUUACAGGUAUUGUUUGUAACAAGUUACGUGUCUGAAAUUUUUAAGGAGUGUUUAUUUAUCUUUUUUCCUCUCUGUAUUAGUGGUCUUUUAGAUGAUUGUUAAAUGCCCCAAUAAACACAUGUGAAAUUUUAUAAAAA